AUGAGCUUUAAAUCAAAACCUAGUGGUGUAGAGUUUAGAAAAAGGCGCGAAGAAAAAGAUGAGAAAAAUGAAAAAGUUAUUAAAAAAGUUCCUAAAAUAACAACUUUUUUUAACGAAGUCAAUUCCAACGCCGAAGAACUUGCUUUUGAACCCGAUCUUGUACCAGAACUUCAAAAUAAAUCUGCUGAUGCCGAAGACGGAGUUCAUGUAGUAAAAUUGCAAAACCUUUCAAAGACUCGGUGGUCUGCUCGUGACGACGCCUGCCGAGCUGUUAAUGAAAGCAGAGAAGGAAUUUUAAAAAGUUUAGAUGAAAUUGCUAGUGACUGUGACGAGAGGCACUCCACAAGAAAUGAAGCUAGGAUUAUAAAUGAAAAGCUAAGUUCCCUUGAGACAACCAUUAUGGCAGCACUGUUGGGCUUAAUUCUGGAAAGGUGUAAUAAAGUAAAUGUAAAGCUGCAGUACGAAAUCACAGAGCUAGGAAAAAUAGUUGCUUAUUACGACUCUUUGUGUGGUUUUCUUCAAGAAGUAAGGAUUAACUUUGAUGACCUGGAACGAUCAGCGAAAGAGAAGUGUAGGAGAGAGUAUAUGGCUGAUAAUCGGCGCAAAAGGAAGGGUCGGAGAACUUUUAACUGCAUAUUGGACUCCCUAUACUCCGAAAUUAAGAAACGUGAGUGUAAAUAUUCUGAUCUUCACAAUAGGUUUGGUUUUCUUGAAACUAUCAAAAGUCUUGAGGCAUCUGAUACCACCAAAUGUGCAAGAGAACUAUUGAGUGCGUAUCCCGAAGAUCUUGAGCCUGUUGUUGUGGACGAGUGUUUACAUUUAAAAGCAGUUUUGUUGAAAAACACUGAAAACGAAAAUACCAGAACGAGUAUGAUUGAAAUUAGCAAGGUUUUGUUUAAUUUUGACAUGGUAGAUGUCUACCCUAACAUUGCGUUAAGAAUGGUUCUUAGUGCUGCGGCCACUAACUGUUCAGCAGAAAGAUCCUUUUUCACCCUUCGUCGUGUGAAGAACUACCUGAGAUCUACAACUAGCCACAACAGAUUGACAUCACUAGCCAUGCUCGCCAUCGAGGGGAGACUAACUCAAUCGAUUUCCUACGAUGACAUCAUAGACAAAUUUGCUCGAAAGAAAGCAAGAAGGAAGGCUUUAUAA